CCAUGUACAGAAAAAAUAUUCGCCGCCGCCGGAUCCAUGUUUGUUAUUUUUUUCUCUCUCUCGAUCGGCACGGGGAAACCCCUCUUUGAUGGGCGUAGUUUAUUGAUCGGCCCGCCAUAGUCGCUGAGCAUUCCUGGGGCUAACCUCUCAGGAGCUCUUUCAAUAACCCAUUCAAUCAUAAACCGGGCAUAUUAUUGAGCACGCUCACACAGAAUGUCCCAUUCAGAUCAGUGUUUCAGACACUAUUUCUAUGGUUUAAUUUCGCCGUGCGAGUAAAUAGGCCACUGAUACUUCGUAUUCAGAUCACUGUGGAGGCCUAUUAUGCUAAGUUAAGUCUGCGUUUCUAGAAUAUACAAAGUAAGGUGUGAAAUGGAUUGGGAUUCAUGUGCUUCGACUGCAGAGAAAAUAAUGGAGAUUCUAUUAUCUGAGCGCAUUGUUGACAGAUAUCAUCAUAUGUAUUAGCCCCCAUUUUAUGCUUUCUCUGAGUUGUAAUCCAGUUGUGAAGACUUACGCAGAUUUAUGUUCAACCAGAGAUAUGCAACAACAAUAUAGAACGCCGGUGUUCAGAAAGAAACACUUCAUUCAGAAAAAAGAACAACCAUUUUAUACGAUCUUACAGUCAUAGGAUUGUUGAACCGCUGAGCAAGGAUUGCCUUUUUGUUCACUUCGAGGUCGAUUAACGCAUAAUGCAGGUGCAGUUGCAACGUAACUUAAACUAUACAACGGCUUGCUUAAUCACCCUUACUCCUUGAGUAUAUUGUGAUAUAAUGAGCGAUAUGUCGAUGUCAUCAAGAGUCCGAUGUCCCUUUUAUGCCUUGAAGAGCCUGGUCGAACGAGAAGUAAACUUUUUGUUUCAUCUUGAAGGUGCAUCGGAAAGACAAGUAUGACGAGUUAAAUCACCUGUCUGUCUUUCAUCUUUUCGGUGUCGGGCUUUUCGCGUACGGGCAAGGUAUAUAGCAAAUCUAUCAACUUAUUGUAAACUCCGAACGUCGGUGUAAAGAAGGCCGGAGCAAGGAAAACCCUAUAAUGAUUGGACGAUCACAAUUGGAUGCUGCCACCACUGUCAUCAUUGGAGUUCGCCAACAUCGUUUUGUCUCGCCAUGAUUAGCCUAUUUUUCGAUUUUAUUUAUUUUCCUGAUCGCAUAUCGCAUGGAUAGCAUUCCCGUUUUGAUCGCUGCGUCUACUAUUAUCUUGCAUCUGAUUUCUUGAGCAAAGUCCAGAUUUAAACUGACCUGGUUUUGGAAAAGAUAAUAAGGUGCGACCGGAAAUUUAGGGAAUAUCCCGCUCUUUUGUUUAUACCAAGGAUUGAGGAAAAUUAGUCAGUAAUCAUUAACUUUUAUGCCCUCUCUCGGAUCUAUGUCAUGUUUGUGUGUGCUCCAUCUCGAACCAAUAUUUGAAGGAAAAAUGUUGAGUUGCAUUCAACUCGUUUAAGUGUUAUCUCUUAAAAGUCAUCGUAUAGUGUUAUUAAAAAUUGUUAAUUCCGUUUUCCAGAGGAAAUUACACUUAAUAAUUAUUUGAUUCCUUCGCUUACGCCUAUUUGACAAUAAUCUUUCAGUAUGCAGGCUGUUUGUUCAGUAUCUCCGUUCAGGUUGAUUUACCUGUGCUCCUUUCUCUUUCUCCAAAGUGUAGACAUAUGUUCUGGUGCCAGAAUCAUCAUUUCCUUGACGAAUGCAAUGAGGUCAAAGAGCCAUAGCUUCACUCUUGCAACAAUAUCGCAAGGGUUGGUUGACCACGGACAUCACGUAACAGUCCUAUCAGGGUCAAACAGAGGUACUGACGGAUUCAAGGAGACUUCCUUCAACGAUUCCUUAAUCUACAAGAUACCCUACACACAGGACGAGACGGACGACCUACAGGAUAAGUUUACGAGAGUGUCUUUCAAGAAAAGAUCGAUAGUGGACUAUGCUGAAUUGCUUCCUGUUGCGGGGGAAUACUUCCAGGUCGUAUCCACCAGUUGUAAGAGUCUCUUUGACGAUCCAUCGCAUCUGCAACGUCUCAAGGAUCAAUCCUAUGAUGCAAUUAUCGGGAUUCCUUUCUGUCCUUGUGAUGGUCUCCUAGCGGAAUACCUGAACAUCAGCUUUAUCGCAUUCACAGCCUCGUUCCGUUACGAAACUUUCAAUGAAUUCACGGUUGGGAUACCGGCCCCUAGUUCCUAUGUUCCCUUCCCUCUCAUAGAAGCCCUGACGGAUGAGAUGACUUUCUCGGAGCGCACUUACAACUCGUUCUAUCGCUUUGUCUUUGUCAAGUAUCUCCUGCACGUGUGGUCCAAGCCCUUUGUGGCAAUUCAGCAGAAGCUUCACAUCUCACCACAUCUGUCCAUUGACGACAUACUCGGCAAGGCCAAGCUUUGGUUGGUGAACACCAACUUCGCUUUGGACUUUCCACGACCAACAGCCCCGGUAUGGAUACCAAUUGGUGGCAUCUUGGCAGAAGAAUCAAAACCGUUGCAACAGGAUUUGGAAAACUUUGUCCAGGGUGCUGGGAAACACGGUGUCAUCAUCUUCAGUUUGGGUUCCAUGGUUACGUCACUAAUGGAUGGUGAACUUGACGAACUUUUUGCCAAGGUGUUUAGCGAGCUUCCACAGCGGGUUCUUUGGCGAUAUGUCGGGCCGAAGCCACGUGGCCUGGGAAAGAACACACGAGUAAUGAAAUGGUUGCCUCAAAAUGAUUUGUUAGGUCAUCCGCAGACACGACUCCUGAUCUACCAUGGCGGGAUCAACGGCGUUUACGAGGCCAUCUACCACCAGGUUCCCAUGGUCUUGCUACCGAUCUUUGCUGAUCAGCCCGCCAUGGGGGCUCGAGUAUCCAAGAAAGGCAUGGGGGUUGUCUUGGAAAGGGCAAAGCUGUCGCACGACACCAUCAAGGCUGCCAUAGAGGAAGUCAUCAACAAUCCAAAGUAUAAGGCCAACAUUGAACAUUAUGGAUCCAUCCACCGCGACACCAUCACCAGUCCGCUAGAAACCGCAGUUUUCUGGAUCGAGCACGUACUCAAAUUCGGAGGCGAUCACCUACGAUUAAGAGGUCGAGAUCUGAAUUUCUUCGUCCUAAAUUCAUUCGAUGUCCUAACCUUUUUCAUAGUUAUCUCCCUCGUCAUCCUCUAUACUAAUUAUCUUGUACUUCGAACUUGCUAUCGAUGCUGCUGUAGAAAAAACACUCGGAAACAAAAGUCUGAUUAGAAGAUGAAUGAUAUCGAUGUCUUUUAUUUUACAGACGGUUUUUUAAAUUUUAUUGUAUAUAAUAUUAUGGGAGAUAUUCUAUCUUGUUGAUGGAAUUAGCUGUGCACCAAUGUCUAAUUUGUUAUCUAUGGAAUCAAACAUCAGGUGGCCGGUUUGAAUGACACUGUAUCAAGCAAUACCACCACUCUUUAUAAAGUUUAUUUGUUGCAAUUACAAAUUUGUGUAUGUAAGCGUCAGGGUGGUUUGUGUACAGUGAGUCGCGUUUUGGGGUGUGUGUGUGGGGGAGGGGGGGGGGGUAGGGCGUGUCUUUGAGAGGGUCUAGACAGCCCUAAAAAAAAAAAAAAAAAUCAUCGAAACAAUCGAGAAAUACCCGACUCUGGAACAAAUUUUGCCAAAAAAAAAAUCAUAUCAGAUAAUUUUGUAAUCUGACAUUAUUAGAAUUUGUGUUUUGAAAUCCAAUUUAUUUUGACACUGACUGAAUACUUCAUUCCACAUAUCAAUUCCCUGCAUAUAUUAUGAGAUUAAUUCUCUCAUCUGUUUUUCCCAUUGGAAUUGAAGUUAAAUCUAGCUGUGUACAAGGGCCGCGGAAGCGGGGGCUGGGGGCUUCAGCCCCCACUUUUUUCCAAAACCGUGUACAAAAACGUAAAAAUGACC